AAACGAGAUCGGAGAGAUCACUUCAUUCGAAGCAGGGCUUCCGCGCAGGAAGCUCGUGCUUUCCUAUAAAUAAAGCGACGAGACGUUUGUGCGAGCCCUUAGUGCUGAGUGAGCAGCAUGGGUGUGAGCGGCGCCCUGGUGUCGGACUCUGGUGGGUCGGCGGGGGCAGAUACGGAGACUUUGCCGAAGAAAGAGGACGAGAUGACCGAAAUGGAGACCCUGCCCAUUGCUGAAGAACUAAAGCCUCCGAAAAAGGUGAGGAAGCCUUUAGAUGGCAAUAUUUAUUCAACGAAAAAAACGGUGGCCCAGGGGAUGAUGGAUAUUGCGUUGCUGACAGCCAAUGCUUCGCAACUGAAAUUGCUCCUGAAAUACAAUCAAGACAAAAGUGCCAUAUUUUUCAUCCACAUCGCUUGUAUAUGCGUCUCCUUAGCUUUACAGAUCAUUGUUGGUGUAAUGCUGAUUCUGAACUCUCGGUAUGACAUUAACAGACCUUCACAUCAUUCCAGAGCUGAUCUAAUGAAUAACUUGACAGUGAUCGGCAUCUUCUUAAUCACUGUUGUCAAUGUGUUAGCAGCAUCUUUCAGCGAUUCAAAUUGAAAAAAAAAUCAUGGAGAUUUAAUGUGCGUCAUGCGUAAUUCCUUUUCAAGUAAACUUUAAUAAUCUCAACUUUGUAUAUGAUUGUGUAAAUUAUAGGCUUCUAUUAUUUAUUAUUACAAACAUUAUUAAGCCUUUAUAUGUAAUAAACUUUCAUUUUCAA